CCUGCUGAGAGGAGAGCUUUUCCAUUUACAGAUUUUUUCAUCUCGAGCUCUUGGUGCUGUUUUGACUUCGUGCCACUGCAGUGGUGUUUUUUUUUAGAGUCGUGUUAAGGGGAUAAAAAUGAAGGAGAUGCACAUGAAAGGAGGUGUAAAUUAUGAGGACAUGUGAGAGGCAGUAAAAAAAAAAAAAAAAAGAAAAGGCUGCUCUGCUCUUAGAGCAGGAAGGAAUUUAACCAGAGAGCAGUCAAAACAUGGUGAUGGGGAAAUGAUCAGUUUUUCUUUGAAGCCAUAUUUCUUACCCCUUGAUGCUGCUGGCCAGACAUAGAUGCAAUCAUCUGAGGGUUGUUAUCAAAUGUCCUUCUCGCACUUCAUGCCUCUUCAAUGUGCCUUUUCGUAUUGCGGAGGAACAUCUCAGGGGAGUUGCUAGGGAAGAUUUUAUAGCAGCAUUAAUGGGAAUUCAAACUAUUUCAAGAUGUGCAUGUGUUGUUGACGUACUGCUUGCCUUGGCAACUUGUGAACUCAUCAAAAUAUCUUAAAAAAAACGUAAGAUAUUUUAACCUGGAAUAAGAUGCUGUAAUGGUGGCAUGCCAUAAGUGAUUAGUAAUUACUUGCACCGCAAAUCAUGCAAAAGCCAAUUUAAACAGAGCUGGUUAUAUUUCCAGCUUAUCGGGUGUUUGGAGACCUUCUUCUGGCUGGAUACUCAGUCAUAUGUGUUGGCUCAGCCUCUGAUGUCACUGAAUGUGCAGUGCGGGCUUCCAGUGCGCACCGUCGAGGACGCAGCGGUGGCACAGGCAGUGCAUUUGCUCGUUCGCCAACUACCCAGAAACCCGCCACAUUCUGUGCAUCUGGAUUUCAGUCGCACGUCACCAAGCGUCCUUAACAGCUGCUGAGGCUGUUUUAAUUUUUUUUUUUUUUUUAUUCAAGUGAAUUAACUUUUGGGAAGCAGGGAAACAAAAUCAGCACGCGUGUGAGACCCAGAUUCAGUCUCCGGGCUGACAUUAGUCCAAGUUGAGCGGCCAGUUUACGCCCCGCAGCAUCAGCGACCAGCACCAUGGAGAGCGGCGUGGUGCACAUCUUCAAGGAGGACCGGUGUCCCUCGGGCCAGCCGGGGGAGUGCGUCCCAAACUUCACCUGGCAGCCCGGCUUGUCGGAGUCGGACAUCUUCAACUACACCCCCAACGGCACCUGGGAUGCUGAGCCCGAGCCGAUGUCGCCCAUCAUCCCCAUCAUAGUCGCCGUGUACUCCGUGGUGUUUGUGGUGGGCUUGGUGGGAAACUGUUUGGUGAUGUAUGUCAUCAUUCGAUACACCAAAAUGAAAACAGCCACCAACAUCUACAUCUUCAACCUGGCCGUAGCCGACGCUCUGGUCACCACCACCAUGCCCUUCCAGAGCACCGACUACCUGCUCAGCUCCUGGCCGUUCGGCGAGGUGGCGUGCAAGGUCUUCAUCUCCAUCGACUACUACAACAUGUUCACCAGCAUCUUCACGCUGACCAUGAUGAGCGUGGACCGCUACGUGGCCGUGUGCCACCCCGUUAAGGCCUUGGAUUUCCGCACGCCCGUCAAAGCCAAAAUCAUCAACGUGAUCAUCUGGCUGCUGUCGUCGGCCGCCGGCAUCCCUGCCAUGGUGCUUGGCAGCACCAAAACCAAUAACGGGACCACCGAAUGUGCUUUGCAGUUCCCUGAGCCGUACUCCUACUGGGACACCCUGAUGAAGAUCUGCGUCUUCAUCUUCGCCUUUGUGGCCCCGGUCAUCAUCAUCACCGUGUGCUACACGCUGAUGGUCAUGCGUCUGAAGAGUGUGCGCCUGCUGUCGGGCUCGCGCGAGAAGGACCGCAACCUUCGCCGGAUCACCCGUUUGGUGCUGGUGGUGGUCGCCGUCUUCGUGGUGUGCUGGACGCCCAUCCACAUCUUCAUCCUGGUCAAGGCCCUGUCGGGGAACGUGCCCGAGACUACUGCCGUCAUGGCCGCCUACUUCUUCUGCGUGGCGCUGGGCUACACCAACAGCAGCCUCAACCCCAUCCUGUACGCUUUCCUGGACGAGAACUUCAAGAGGUGCUUCAGGGACUUUUGCUGCCCCGGACUCCAGGGACACGGUGACUCUCAGGGGGUGAGCCGAGUGAGAAGCACUCUGCGGGAUCACUCGUGCCCUACAGAAACUCGCGGAGAUAUGAGGCAGGCCAGGCCUGUAUGACUAGCGUUGGACAUGUCCCCUACGCGCUAUCAGAGCUGGGAGGACUCCAAUGACCUGGGGUUGACGCAAAUCACCACUGCAAUCUGAGCGAGAGUCUAGAGAGAAGGCAGGGGGGGCUAUUUCUGUGUCCAGCGUAUUGAUCAGAGAAUCUGGAAAAAAUCUAAAGUUAAAGAAUAAACCUGGUGUUAAUCUACACGAUAACAAAUCCCAUGGAAAGACCUGAACCAAACAAUAUCUAGUCUGCUGCCAUGAAUACUCCCUGGACAAGUGCUGGACCAGCAAAUAGUUGCUCUACUUCUUUUUUCAUAGUGUUGAUUAUUGUGCUUUUGAGUUUUUUUUUUUUUUUUGUUAACAUAAAGAAAGAUAUAGAAUAAAAUCAGACUUUAAAAUAAACCUAUUAGACAUAUGAGUGCAAAGAUGCCUCGAGGAGAAAAAAGCCUAGCUGGAACCUUAAUCUCUGUAUAUCUCAUGCUUUAUGACAUCCAUAUGCGAAGAAGUCAAAGGUGGACGAGAAAUAAAUUUUGACAUUGUUCAUGGUAGUGCAAAAAAAAAAAAAAAAGAUAUCCAAGAGAAACCAAAACCAUUCAUGUGGUGUCCGUUCACAUUUAAUCGAGCUGAUCUUGUACGUCGUCCUCUACCUUUGACAUUCAAAUGAAUAAUAUGGUUCUCGUGAAUACAGAAAGAUCAAGCUUUGCUCGGGGCACACAAUGGACAGUGAUUGUCCCCGGUUAUUCCGGGAGCAGCACCCAAAACGAGCAUUGUGCUUAGGUGAGUUGCAGUUUGUUGCUUGGCUGUUACUGUUAACUCGUGAACAGCCUUUUGACAGAGAAUCUCUGCGGGACAUUUAAAAACCUCUCAGGGAUGAAUCCUCUGUAAUUCACAUCUCAAUCAGUCAACAGCCUGAAUCCGAGUGUUUUCUCCUUGACCGGGGCGUUGACUUGAUGGAGCUUCAUUGUCAACACAUUGUUCUGUGAAGCUCAACUAAAGUAUCAUCACAUCCCACGCUGUUCCGCACCGCUGAACAUUUCCAGCUGCGAUGCCGCGCCUCGUCGAGGGGGAUGUUGACUGCGCGGCGCGUUCUCACAUCGUCUCAAACUUAAUGUGAAAACUGGGCAGAGGGCUCCAAGGCAACAAGCCAGCAUGAUAAUAACACCCCGUAUUAAUGCAACAGGGUUUUUAGUGUUUAGUGCGACUGAAUGUUAACUACUGUCAUCUUUUCAGCUUAUUAGGUGUACGUUACUGAGCAGUUCAUUGAUUAAAAAAAAUAAAUAAAUCACACAAACACACAAAUGUGAAUAUAUAUAUAUGUAUAUAUAUACAUAUAUAUAUAUACAAAUACAGUACUUUUGGUAGUGUAUGUUGGAUUUCUUUCAUUCCACGUGGUUUAAACCACAAGAUCAGGCAGAUCUUUUUAUAGAGCUGACUACUAAUAUACUUACUUGUUUAAAACUGAUAAAGUAGCUAUUCCAGAAAUUGUGUCGGACUAUAAAUCGUAUUGUGCUUGCUUCAGAAGAUCAGCAAUGAGUCAGUUUUGUACUCAUACCUAUAUCCUGUAUGUUCAAACUGCAGUAGUUAGAUUAGAUUAGAUUAGAUAGAUAAUAGAUCAAAGCCUUACAGAGGAUUUGUUUGCUUGGUUGUGGUACGUGUCUCUUGAUCAUCAUCAUGAAAUAAACGAUCUGUAUUCAUUAAGACAAUAUCAGCCAGACUGAGCCCAGAUCCGAGCCUCGUGUACAUAUAACGUGCCCUCUUUGGCUGCUGUUGUAUCUGUUGGAUAUUUUGAUGUAUCUUUUGGCUUUGAAUGUUAAAAAAAUAAAUAAAGUCACAAUAAA